UGUGGAUCCCCCGGGAAGACGCCGGGAUGCCUGCACCGAGGAGGAUGAUGCUGCUGCCUGCCCUCAGCACGGCCCUGCCAGCGCCCAGCCGGCUCAGCCCUCACAGAGAUGCUGCAGGGAGCUGGCGGCUGCAGCUCCUUUGUGAGUCCCGUUAGUUUGCGUCUCCAGCUCGGGGAAGGUGCUCUCUAGUUUCUGCUUCACCUCCUUCGCAGCUUCAGGUGAUUUGCUUCUGUCCCCAGAUUGUCUCAGGUUCAGCUCAUAGAGUUUGUUUGUGCCUCCAGCAUGUUUUAGACUCUAAUUUGGUUUCACCUUCCCUGGCUUCUUUCUGGCUUCAGCUAAUUUGCAGCUCCAGUUUGUUUCCAUGUUCUGUGGCUCCAGUUCAUUUCUGCUCUGGCUCAUUACCGCUUGUGCGUGUUCAAAUGAUCUUGGUUUUUGACAGGGCCACAAAUCAAUCACUAUCAUAACUUAAACAUGAACGGACAUAUUUGUACGUUGUAUAAAGAUGGACUAAACUUCUUGGACCAAUGCAAGUGGACCUUCAGCCUCCAGUGGGAUUCCCCACAGGUGCCCCAAUACCGAUUCCCACUGUCAGGAAAAUCCACAAAUGCCAGAAGUUUGUGUCCGUAAAGGAGAUAGAGGAGUCCUGCAAGUUUAUUCUAAUAAAGGGAGGGAGUCCCACACAAGCCCCCAGGGUUUUCUCUCUCUCGGUUUCAGAGGGUGCAGCCUCUAUCCUCAACUCCCAGCCGCAGUUGCCCUCUUCCUUUCUCCAUUGACUGAGGUACUCAGAAGGUACAGCCUUCCCGAGCCGCCUACAAUCUAUCCCCCCUUGUACCUACUGUUUUACCCCAAAGUUCAGAAGUUCAGGUUUGUGCAGGCCCACUUGUGUGUUUCAGGAGCCAAGCUGUCUGGUCUCUGCAACAAACCUGCUGCCUAAAGUUACUACAGACAUAAAGACCCUUUUCAAAGACGUUAAUACCAAUACUGUCACUCAUCAAAUUGGUUGUAAAGACAUGAACUUUCCUCUCACCACCUUGAUGAAUAAUGGGAGUGAAGUUCCAAACAAGGUAAAGAACAAAGUGGUUAAGCAAUGGAAGCAAUAAUCACAGGAAUAUGGAAGAGAGAAAAUUGAUGGCAUAAAUUCUUGAAGGGGAUAACCACAGAAAGAUAACACCCUUGUAAUCCAGGAUGUGUAAUGAUGAACUAAAAAAUCCCCGGUUUUUACUGCUUCUGUAGUGAGAACUUGCCUUAGUGAUGAACUUUUGCUCCUUAUAAUAGUAAAAACCCCACCCCAGCUCAGGCAUCUCCCUCUACAAAAGGACUACCACUCACCAAGCAUGGGCUAUGAUUUCUUGGGACAUAAUGGCUUUAAUUUGAGGUAGAGAAAGGAUGAGCCAAUAACAACUUAAGCCAAGUAGUGACUUAAGUAAGACUUAACAGCCCAAGUUUGUGCCUCGGGGUGCUGGCUCUGAGAUAUACCACCCAGCACCUCUUUCUGUGCAGAACAGUAAAUAUAAUUACGUGGUUAGAGAAAUCUCCUUUCUUACAGUGACUGAGUUAGGUGGACUAUCUGAUCUAGGUGUGUUAACCUAUAGUAGCUCUCAGCCUUUUCACCACACUGUUAAUUGUCUCAGUAAUUUUCAUACAGGGAGAUGAUCCAAGAAAUGUUUGCACAUUGUUCUAGGAGGGAAGAAACAUUUUCAUUGGAAAUAGAGCCCUGUGGCCUCAGACUGUGUUCAGUAGCUGGUGCUAUAUCAAAUUUUUCCUUCUUGUCAUUACCAUCCAUUCUUACCUGCUACAAGAUAACUGCUACCCCCUCCAGCAAUAUCAGGGACCUAUAGGGCAAGUCAGUUCAGCUCUAGGUAAUUUCAAGGUAGUUUAUGUUGUGAUGACUUCCUUGGUGUUGUUCUUUCAAGCAUUAUAUGCCAGCCUUAUGCAGAAUCCAGUACAUGAAGGGGCUACAAGACAGCUGAAGAGGGGCUUUGGACAAGGGCAUGGAGUGAUAGGACAGGGGGAAUGCCUUCAAACUGACAGAAGGCAGGCAUAGAUUAUAUAUCAGGAAAAAAUUCUUCCCCGUGAAGGUGUUGAGGCACUGGAACAUCCCUGGAAGUGUUCCAGACCAAGCUGGAUGCUGCUUUGAGCAACGUGCUGUAGUGGCCCUGUCCAUGGCAAGGGGGUUGGAACUAGAUGAUCUUUGAGGUGCCUUCCAACCCAAGCCAUUCUAUAAUGGUAAGAUACAAACAGGUCUGGUUCUGGCUUUUGGGGGCUGUGCUUGUGCAGUUGUGCUUUCCUUCUCUUAUACCCAAACUAGAUGUUUUUUCUUCCGUCUAAAAUAAAAAACAAAAACAGUAGGCUGAAGCAAAAUUAAACAGAAAGAGAGGAAUUAAUCACUCCCUUAUUUAGAACAGGAUGAGGAUUAUAAAAAGCCCCAAAGAACAAAGCAAACAAAUGAGCAGCCAAACCCCAAAGCACGGAAGGAUGUUUUGGUACUAACCUGCUGGUGCAGCUGCUAACAUAAAUGUUUUCUGACACAAGUGCAUGUCACGAACCAAUGUGUAACAUUUAACCCAUGGAGGCUUGUGUACUCAGAGCAAGGCUGGGGUGGUGAUUUCUUUUGGCUGCACUGAUUUCAGGUGGAUUUUGCAAUUCUGCUUUGCUUCACUUCUGAAAAAAAUCAGAAAUGCCUUCAUGAAAUCUGGCAGAGAGCUGAUGGCAUUGGAGUGGCUGGAACUGGAAAAAUCUAGAAAAACCUGAGCUUCCUAGUGCUGCAAGGCUUAGUUUGGCAAGUGAAAGGAAAUUCAUUUGCAUUCUCACAGUCCAUCCUCUUGAUCAGGGAAAAGAAUUUCCAGUGGCUCUCUGAAACCACCUCUUACUAAACAAAUAAUCAGCUCCAAAGUGAAGUUCUUGAUUCAAAAUAAUGUAGUUCACCAUUUACUGAGCAAAGUGUUCUUAUCUGCCUUUUAAGGGGAAAACUACUUUAUGAGAAUAGAAAUCCUCUUAGGUCAUCAACCUGUACCCUGAAGCAGCUUUUCUUGCAUUCUCUUUCCUCCUUACUGUUGGGUUUCUUGGGUUAUUUUAAAUUUACAGUUACUGUCACAUUUACAGUGGAGAUGUGUGCAGCAGGUUGAAUAAGCUGCCUCCCUCAAAAUGAGCACAUUUACACUGUGCUGUUUGAUUUCUUGGUGAAAAUCAUAUCUGUGGAGGGACAGAAUGUAAGAAAAUGAACAUAGUGCAGAAGGCAGUCUCACACCUGAGGAGUUGCAGCUGUACUAAUCACCAAAGAUUAGGAACAGGCCUGCCCUUAAAUAGGCCACAGCUGUGUCCAAGAAUACAAGUGCUACAAAAGGGUUAGCUGGUGGAGAUGAGAGUUGCAGUUGGUUGUGCUGUGAAGAGAUGGAGUUUGUUGGCUGUACUGUGGAGAAGAAGGAGUCAGUGCUGCAAGGAGAGCCCAUGAGAAAUCACCAAGAAGGUAUGGAACCUUUGCAAUAUGAUGACAACACAUAUCUAUGAUUUUUUGUCUGUCUGUUGUUUUCUUGGAGAAACUUCUCCUCUGCUGGCAGUGCUGAUGGUGAGGACCAGGACUAGUAUGGCUAGGUGGGAGUGUCUUGGGAGCCUGUUGUGUCCAAAGUGUCACCUGCUGCACACGUGAGCAGGAGCUUGUGCCAGAUCUUCUCAAAGCUAUGGUGCUUUCAUGUGUAUUCAUAGAUUACUUCCCCUGUUCAUGGUAGAUGAUUUACAGGAGCACAGAGCAGAGGCUGCCCUCCAGUAGGAGAUUUAAAUGUUGUGUGAAGGACAACAUUUUGAAGGGUCAUUUAGCCUUUGAAUUGUGUUUAUCCUUACAGCUUUCAGGCUGAGUAUCUUAUACAUGAGUGGCAGAGCCCCAAAGCCCUGGUUUGGCUUCCCACAUCCCCCCAUUUAGUUUUUUGCUAUUUUUGGCUACUCCCAUCUCUAUUUCUCCGCAAAACCAGCUCCCACCUACCACUCCCAUUAAAAAAAUGCAAACAGUAGAAAGCUUAACAAGACCUCUGCUAUAGUUUUCCUGUAAGUUACCUGCUUGGAGGUCCCUGUGCCAUUACUGCAGUCUUUGUCUUCACGAAGUUUGAACUGUAAAUAUACUAUUUACUGGAACAGCAUCUGCAAAACCACUUCCAGCCAGGUGUCAGUAAUAUGGCUUUGAUUCAGAUUUUGGGAACAGUAUAUGACUGAUUACAAGGAUUUCCAUCUACUAGAUCUUUAUUGAAAUGACUGCUAACACAGAAAUAUUGCAAACCUCUUGAGAUGCUUAUGUCAUUUCCCUGUGUUAAAACAGCUGGUGCUUUUAAGGGUACCUUUGGAAUACAGCAUUAUAAGUCUCCUCUUACAACCAAAAUUAUGAGGAAAUCCAGCUCUGCAAAACAGCACUGGUACUGUGAAACUUGUUUGCUGAGCACCUUCGAUCUUGUCAACACACUGUGUGCCCAGACAUGAAAAGAGGGACCAGUUUGUCACCAUGGCAUAUGGCAAAGCACAUCAAGUUUACCCAAGUUAAUGCCAUAGCAAAGCCAUUCCAACCCCUGAGAGGCCAGAGCAGUGUGGACAUGCUGCUGCAUGCAUUCUGCUGAUGGAUUCUCAUGUGUUAUGUCCUGGGAAGCUCUUCCCCCUCUAUACCUGCCGUCUCCAUGGCUCAAGGACAGCCCAAGACCCUCUGGCUGCUGAGCUGAAAAAUCUCUGCCAUCAGGUGGUUACUCAGAAAGCAUUGCUCAAGUCGGAUCAUCUCCCCUAAAAACCUUUUUUUAAAUCAAUAAAGUAAGUUGUUUAAACCAAAUCCUGAUACUGGUUUGAAACAGCAGCUUCAUGUUUCUUUUAGAAUGAAGUUAACAUUUUUAAUAGGGAAAGUAUUGUGUAAUCAGAGAAACAAAAUAGAAAUGAGAAGACUUAACACCAACUCCUGGUCACUGCACACUCCCCAGGACUUGCUCCUGGCUUCUGCUGCAGACAAUGCAUUUCUGGGACCAUGAUCUGCUCCCUUGUUUCCUUGAGGAGCAAUUUGUCUCCCUGCCUACAGCUCCUCCCCCUGCUCCAAGCUCCUUUCAAGCUCCUCCUGCUGAAAGUGCAUGGGGACUUGACUGGAGUAGGGCUCCAGCCAGCUGUGUCUCUGGCAGUUUUAAGGCAAGCCAUAUUCAGAAGCAGGAGGAUGCUUGGGACAUACUGCUUGUUCCCAGCAUGGGUGCAAGAUGAAGGAACGUGGACCAACGCAGCAGAUACUGUUCUGACAGUCUGUAUUCAUGAUGGCUGCUGUUGUGCUCUCCCAUUUCAUCUAAAGAAUUGUGUGCUCUGUGCGUGCUCCUUGGGAAGCUUCAGUAUUGCACUUGCUGGCUUGGCUACCUCCUUUUUUGGCUUUUUCUUGUCAGAAGCUAAGCAGUCAUACUGAGAAUAUGCUCCCAGCACUUUUCUUCCAACAUUUGGGUUCCUAGAAAUUCAGUCUCUCUCCUGUAAGAUGGCUGAUUGAUUUGACCCCAUUAACUUCAUUUAAUACGUACUCCCACUUCACCCUAGCACAGGUCCUGCCAUGUCUGUGUCCUUUGCAUUUCCACAUUGCUGCCUCGAUAACCCUCUGCCUCCCACCUACUGUGCUACGUUCUGACAUGCUUGUUCCUCAGACUCCCGGGAUUUGUGCAGAAGAACAUGAACAAUACCGCUGCUUUAAUUUUCUUUGUACUCCAAUAGAAAUGCUUCUCAAAAAUUUGUCCAGAAAGUCCCUGCCACUUGUGGCCAGUCAGCCACCCUGCUCUGGUGUUGCACUUAAUACGUGACUGUCAGCCUCUCCAUGUCACCAAAAGCACUGCCAAUGUCCUGAUCUCCACGAGUUAUCCAGAUAAGAUAAGGAAAAUAGUUGUUUUCAAGGUCUUUAGUCCACAUUUCUACUUUCUCAUUUGUCACCUUCCCAAGUGACAGGAGAGCUUUCAAUUUUCCAGUGAAAUCUCUGUUGUAAAUGUAAAUCCACGAGCACAAAGCAAGGCUGUGCGGGUGUUAGUACCCUGCUAGCAUGCUGUGGACAUGAGCCAGUAUCCUGGGCAGGAACAGGGAUGCCCCUUCUCCCCAUCAGCUUCAUCCUGUCAGACAACGAUAUCCCAUGCCAGGCUCACCAUGUGGAGGUGCAUCAGCAAGAUGUGUCAUAGCAGGAGCUGUCUAGGACACUGGCUAUCCAAAUGGCCUUUCAUCAAACCAGCUGCACUCCUUGUGCUCUCUUGACUUGCUGGGAGGCUGACUUUGAUGGACGGGAACACUCUGAAAUUCCCGCUCCCACCUCAAAAGCGGAAUCGAAAGUCCUCCCUGUCUUUCUUUGGUAAAAUGAGGCAGGCUGGGCUUUCAGUCAUCAAAGUGUUUCUAUUUGGAAGGAGGAGGAGCCAUCUAGUCAUGGGUUCAUUGAUUCCCUGCCCAGCAAGAAUGUUUGCUUGAGCAGAGCCAAGCCGCACCUCUGAUGACUAACAGGCAGCGCUCUCUCUUUGAUAUACUAUCGGCCGGGUUUAUCACAGUAUCAACACAACCUCCCCACUCCAGGCCUCGCCCCUUCUGGCCAGCCCUCCCUGCAGAGCGGCAGGGGCGGCAUGGGAGCUGAGCUCACCUCUUAUUCCAAGGAAUCUUAACAGCAGGUUUUAAGGUACUUAUUUACUUUUUUUGGUCUGCACAGGAAGUCUGAGCUAAAAAAAAAAAAAAAAAGGAAAGAGACAGAAGUAUAAUUGCUCUGGCAGGCCUGCAUUCCUACUUCAGUCUCAGACGGGCAGGCACUCUUUCUUGUCGGAGCCUGGAAGAGGAUCCGAUCCCUGAAGAUUAUCGCCACGAACGUGCGUAAGUGAAACCUGCAGCCAUGCUGAAACAGAUAUUAUCAGACAUGUACAUCGAUCCGGAGCUACUGGCAGAACUCAGCGAGGAGCAGAAGCAGAUCCUCUUCUUCAAGAUGAGGCAAGAACAGAUCAGACGGUGGGAGGAAAGAGAAGCAGCUGCAGAAAAGAUUUCAGCAAAGAAGCCACUGCCAAGAAAAGCCAACAGGAAGUCAGUGACAUGGAAACUCGGCGCUGACAAUGAAGUGUGGGUCUGGGUGAUGGGCGAACAUCCUUCAGAUAAAUCCUAUGCAGCCAUCUGUGAAGAGAUCCAGGCACAAAGAGCAAAGCGCUUAGCGAGAGAGCAAGGCCAGGAGGGCAGAGACACUGAAUCUUCUGCGACAUGGUCUCUACACCCCCAGCCAGGACUUCUGGCUGAGACAGACCUUCAUGGGAAUACAAAAAACACUGUGGAGAAAAAGGAGGAGCAUGGGAGACGAAUGACUGAUAUUGAUACAACAGGAAAAAGCCAGGAGCUCACAAAGAGAGGAACCAGAAAUGUUCAUCAGAUGCUGGCGGAUUGCCAUGCAAGGAAGCAGAGUUUCCAACAGAUGAAGGAAACACAGAGGAAAAAUUCAGAAGAGACCACAGCCCCCCAGAAGCCAAUACCACAGAGCCACUCCAGCACAGAGAGCCAGAGAACACUGCAGAAAGCGGAUGAGAAUGAGCCUGAAUGGCAGGAAUUCUUGCAGAAAUCCAAGGCAGCAGACGAGAAGAGACGCUCCCUUGCACGGCAAGCCCGAGAUGACUACAGGAGGCUUUCACUGCAGGGCAUCCACAGAGGGAAGCAGGCAGAUAUUUCCAAGGGUGCCACAGCAGGAGAUCGGCGACCACUUCAAUACCCACCUCUCCCUCCGAAGCCUAAACUUCUACCUCCUGCAACAGCAAAUGGGAGAGCAAUUAGGAAAGAGGGAGUCCAGAGGACAAUCUCCAAUUCCACAGAAGAAAGCAUCAUCAAGUGGUUCAAAGAGGAGCAAUUCCCCCUCCGAGCUGGCUAUCUGAAAACCACAGACACAAUAGCACCUUGGUUCCAUGGUAUCCUAACCUCUAAGAAAGCAGAAGACCUUCUGAAAAAAACACUACCAGGGAGUUUUCUGAUCCGGGUCAGUGAGAAAAUCAAAGGCUACGUGCUGUCCUAUUGGUCUGUGGAAGGAUGUAAACAUUUCCUCAUUGAUGCCUCCAGUGAUUCCUACAGCUUUCUUGGAGUGGACCAGCUGCAACAUUCAACGCUGGCUGACCUUGUCGACUACCACAAGGACGAACCCAUCACUUCCUUGGGGAAGGAGCUGUUGCUUUAUCCAUGUGGCCAAGAGGACCAAGAGCCAGAUUACAUCUCUCUCUUUGAGUAAACCUGUCCAUCUUGUUGGGCAGCCCCGGACUUGUAUUCACAAAGAACUUGGAACUGGACUUGGAACUAGAGCUCCUGAUACCUGAAACCAUCAGUGCCUCUGUUUUGUAUCCUUCACAACAGAGCAGUAGGAGGAUAAGUACUGUGAGCUACAGGAUGCAUCAGCCCAGGAAGCUGCAAACCUGGACACAUCCCACAAGAUGGAGAGAAUGAGUUGAUGAAGUAAUCAGUUGAUCAGGAGAUACUGCCAUGGUUUUUCAUUGGGUUUUUGAAGGUUUCUUGGGGGACUUCUGUAUUCAAGCUGCCUUUUGUUCUUGAAUGCAAGGUUCUCUGGGAAAUAGAUUAGUACCUACAGUUGAAUGAGAUUAUAACCUUCCCAAAAGCACAAAGCAACUUGGAGAGGUGAAUCGAUCUUGAUAUGUAAUUUGCAAAAUGUGAAGCUUAAUUCUAUAAAAUGCUGUGUCCUUGGAAGGAAGGAUGUUCAGCCAAACAUGCAAGCAAACCCUGAGUGCCUUUCAGUGAAAGGUGCUCUCUGUGACAAGAGAUUGGCACACAUGAAGACUGCAUUUUUUUAAACUCCCCUAGCCUCUGAAUGUAGAUCUUCACUCUUUUAACCUGUAUUUAACUCCCACACAGGCCUUUCUGCAUUGAGAGGGUUUAUCCUUUUUGAAAAGGAAAAGAGAUGGGACAGAGUAAUUUUUGUGAAGUGACAACCACAUGUACAGAGCCUAAAAAUGUAAGAAGGAACACCUAUAUCAGUAUUAAUACAGUUUACAGAAGAGUUUUUGCCAGUAAAGAAUGCUGUUUUCCAAAAUGGAGCUAUUUAUUGCAAGUUGUGUCCCAAUUACUGAGAUGCAUCUAGUGUAAACUUCAUUAUAGAACUUGUUCUUUCAACAUAAUGUUCUUUUUUCUUAUCUGUUACAAUGCUCUUUAAAUACAUCAUUCAGAAGAUUGGGGGAGAGCUUGGAAAGAAUCACAUAAGAAAUUAGUCUUCAUCCAGGUUCCCCAAUGUUGUUGCACAUGACAAACUCUGCAGCUGAGGGUCUGAAUCUGCAAACGUCAUUUUUUAGAGGCACAAUCCUCAAAUAGUGAAUAAGAGUUGGUCUUGUUUCAGUUGUUUACCUCUUUUUACCUGUUCUCUUUUUUCUUUUAGAUCGGGGCUACUCAACUUGAAGAAGCAGUCAAAACUUUCAGUCUUAUAUUAAUCUGGGUUUUGCAGAAUACAGAUUUAAAGAAACUGUGAUCAUCUGGUCUUAAAAUUUACAGCUAUGCUGACAGGUGGUUUCCAUUAAAGGAAUGAGGGGAUAACUACACUCCAGUUUCAGCAAGUGUCACUUGCUAGAAAUAAAGCCUUAAUGUAAACUGAGAUUCUGAAUGUAAAGACACUCUGCCACUGCAAAUGACUUAAUGAGCUUCUUGAGCAAUAUAUCACAUUUAUCAAAGAGAUAAUUUCAAUAUAAUCUGUAUCAAUCAUGAGAAAGGGUGUUAGAUUAUUUGUAGGGGGGGAAACAUCCCUCCUUCCCUCUUUAUGAACUGUUUCUUUUAAAACUUUUGUCAAAAUGAAAGGUCCUUCAGAAAAACAUCUGUUUUCAUGUGAAGAACAUGUCAUAGCUGAUAUCUUGCUGA